AUGUCACAAUUUUUUAGUUUAUUUUCACCAUGGAAUGCAGUUAUUUCAUUUUUUAAAUUUUCAAAUAAUUAUAAAAAUAAUAAUAAUGAUACCAAUAAUAAUAAUGAUAAUAAUAAUAAUAAAAAUAUUUUUAAUCAAAAAAACAAAGAUAAUAAUAAUAAUAUAAAUAAUAAUAAUAAUAUCAAUGAUAAUAAUAAUAUAAACUAUAACAAUAUUAAAAAUAAUACCAAUAUUAAUAAUAAUAAUAAUAAUAAUAAUAAUAAUAAUAAUAAACACAAUAUGACCAAUAAUAACAAUAAUAAUACCAAUACAUUUCCAUUAGAUCCACCAUUUAGACCAAACUCCACCCAAUCACAAAAUUCAAACAAAUCUAGCUCAUCAUAUAACUCUCCAAUUUAUAAUAAUAAUAAUAAUAAUAAUAAUAAUACUGCAAAUAAUAACAACUAUAAUGAAAUAACAAAAAUUCAAAAUAACACCAUCUCUGGUACUGAUAUUAACUCCCAAGAUUUCAACAAUAGAGACAACCAUCUCAUCAAUAAAACCAAAAUCACUUUAACCACUACCACUACAACUACCACAACCACUACAACUCUUUCCAAAAAAAACCAUUACUCAGAAUCAACCAUACCAUCAGAAAAUCAACCAAUUUCCGAUUCAAAAUUAAAAUUAAAAAGAAAAUUAUCUGAUUUAUAUGAUAUAGAAAAUUAUCCAAGAGAAACAAGAGAUAAAAAAAAAUUAAGAACUGAUUCUGAUUACCAAAUAGAUAUUCCACCAACUAUGCAUUCAAAAAUUAUUGCCACAGAAGUUAAUGAAGCUAAAAAAGAAGAAACAAAAGAAAAUACAAAUAAUAAUUCUAAGAUUCACAAAAAUAUCAAAAUUUUUUUAAUUAAUUUCGAAUCAGCAAAAAUUGACGUAGUCCAACAAUUAAAAUCGGAAAGUCACAGUGAAAAAAUUUUUGCCAUUAACUUAUUAGACCAUUAUAUCUCAGAUGAUGGUUUAUUAAAAAAAUUGGCCUUUUGUCAAAAGCAUAGUAUUUUAGACAAUUUAUUGGAAUUUAUUUUUUCAGAAGAAAAGGAAAGUUGUACAGACCUUGCCAAAAAAAAAGCUUGCUCAUUAUUUUCAAAAAUUAUAAUCAAAGAAUGGUUCAAUGAAGAAUCAUUAGAAAAUAUUGAAAAGUGGAUUAACUCACUUUUCGCAGUUUUAUUAGACCCAAAUAAAUCAUCAAUUAAUAAAUUAGAAUGGGUUGUUAAAAUAUUUGGCCAGUUCGAUAGAAUUAAAUGUGAAAAUGGUUUCAAUUCAUUUAAUAGUAGAAAGCUAAUGACAAUCGAUAAAAUUUUUAAUGUUUUAAUAGAGCUUCUUAAAAAUCUUAUUGAUUCAAGAAAGAAAUAUUUAGAUGGUCCACAAAAAUCAUCAUAUGCUUCUCUUUUAAAAGAAACUAUUGACACAGUUUAUUCAUUUUUUGGUUUGGUUAGUGGUUCAAUUCGUUCAAAAAAUUUAGAAAUGGUUUUAAAUCUCUUUAAAAGAGUAAAUUCUCCAAAAUCUUUUGAACUCAAAAAUUUUUUGGUUAAUUUAAUUCCAUUUUUUGAAUUUAAAGAUUUGGUAUUGGUUAUGGAAUACUUCAACUCAAGCCAUAAAAAUCUAGUUUCAAGUGGUAACUCUAAUACUCCAAUAGAUGCUCAAUCCAUUCAAUUAUUUUUUUCAAAUAUUUUAGUAAUUGUAGAAAGAAUUGAAAAAAGUGAAUAUAAUAAUGAAGAAUUGGAUAUUAUUAAAAAACUAGUUGAAGAAUCCAUCAAAUUCUCUGGAGUUCUAUGUUAUGAUAACACUCUUAAUUUUUUCGAAAAGAUGUACUCCGAUGUAUUAAAUAUUGUUGACAAAAAAGAAAGAUCUCUCAAGUUCAUUUCAAUCAAAUGGUCACAUACAAUCAAUAAUAAUAACCUUAACCUUUCAGAAAUAUGUUUUAAACCUUUAGAGAAUAACAGAAACAAAAUCAAAAGUCCCAAAGGUUAUAUUAAGGAGUUAGAAAUCUGUGGUGAUUCCCCUCGUUCAUCUGGUUCACAAUCUGCUUCAAGUGCCUCUACCAUUAGGGAAAACGAUCAAGUAUUAAAAAUUACAUUUCUUCAAGAUAAAUUCAUUUUACAUAGAAAUCGAUUGAAAGCAUCAAAAUCGAAUGUUGGUAGUUCAAAUGCAGGCGCUAAUAGUUCACCAAUCAUCUCAUUGAAUACUUCAGAAGAAAUCAAUGGUGAUAGAAUCAAAGAUAUUGAACAUGAAUUUUAA